CCUCGUCCCGGGAUCAUCAGGAUGGGGGUUGAUGAUUGUCCCAGGGCAAGAGGAGGAAGCACUCUCUACUGUAGUUCUAGCCUUUUCCAUGCGACUUCAGCCUCCUACUUCUGGGGUUUAAGAUAUGAGAAUGUUCCAGCUCUCCUCUAGGCCCGAAUGAGGACCUGUAAGGGGUCUGGAGCACCUGGCUUCAGGGCAGUCUUGUCUUCUUUGACCAAAGUGGAUGGAGAUUGCUGGCCUGGCUGCCAGGUGCCAUGGAGAUUCUCAGAAAACUGGCAGGCGCCCUCCCUUAGCUACAGUGCCUGUGGAGCCAGGAAGCUCUGGAUGAGUCCUUUGUGGCUUCCUGGGCGGCUCCUUCAGUCUCCUGCUGUGUGCGGGGCGGGGCCCCGCGAUGUUGGAGCAGCAUUGGCCAGUUACUGGUGGGUGGGGUCGGGUCCGCAACCCCGCAGCAGCGGCUAGGGGGCGGGGCCUGCGUGCGGUGAGGUCACGACGCCGGCUCCUCCCAGCGCAAGUACGCAGGCCAGCGGAGUGCAGUCGCCGGCUCUGGGACCUUGGAGACCCGUGGCUCUCGCGACGAUGGGUGCUCGGCUGAGCGGUGGCCAGGGCGCCCCAGAGCCCGUGCAGGCCCAGCCCCGGCCCCAACCCGGGGCGCCCGAGGCUCCUGAGCGGCCCCAGCCUGAACCCAGUCCCUGGGGACCACUGGACGAUGUGCGCUUCCUCAUCACCUGCACCUCCUGGUACUGACUCGACACCCUCCGCAGUUACUGCCAGCUGCCAACUGUCGUUGUGCUGUUAUGUUCCUCUCUUGUCGUCCUUUUCCAACCCCGGCGCCCAGGACAGGCUCGAAGAGUCGAGGAGAUAGAUCACGGAGGACUGGAAGGAGGUCUCGGCAGGGCCUCUUCGGCAGCCUCGCCAUGGGGCACCGGCUCGCCUCUAGUUCCUUCCGAAUUUGUUCGCUUCUUAGCCUGCACCCAAACCAGCUUAAACCUUCGUGCUCACCCCCACCCUACAGCUUCUCCAGCCGUCUGGGUUCUGGGGCAGCCCUCCCUGGCCCUGGCUUCCAGAACCAGGCCAGGACUCCUGGUAAGACCCCAAGACUGCUGACCUCACCUCCUCUCGUCUGUUCCUUAUUGCUAAGAACCGGGCUGUUGCUUUUGUCCCUGGUUAUGGCACCAUGUGCCUUGGCUUCGGAGAAGACCUUGCCACAGUGACCCUCCCUGUACUUCUCCUGGGGGGGCUUGCUCUGCCAUCCUGGAUCCCAGUGAGGCAUUAUCAGGUUGUGUUCUAGGAACCCCAGUAACACUGGGCCUCUGGGGCCAGCCUUUUUGAGAGAGGGGACAUUUGAUUGCUGGGCUGGUAGAUGAGAUGCAUGGGACAGUUCCCAGACACCCCAAAGCACCCUGUUCCUCCUCUCCCAGAAGUUUCUUAAGGCCACUCCCAGAACCUGAUCCUUGUUCCUAUAUCCCAAGAAAACAACACACUCUGUAUUUUUGUUUUAUUUAGAAAUGAUUUAAAAAACAUUAUACAAAGGCUGAUCAGUUUAAAAUGUGACCGACACUGAAAUGCUGUGAUAUUCCCCGGGCCGAGGGGAAGCUGGGCUCUGGGGUCCCCAGUGCAGUGCCCCUUUGUCUGUCUGCCCUGUCCUGGGGUGAUGGGCAAACAGAUGACCACAAGACAGGAGAAUCCGAGAUUGGAAGCCUCCAGGCUGAGCCCUCUCUGGGCCUGGCCCUGCAUCCCUCACAUCUGCAGCCUGAGCUGCCUGCCUCCAUCUCCUGCUCUUUCUCAGCUGGCCUUGGUAGUACCAGGAGCCAAUGGGGAGCCUGGGGAGCCUAGAGCUUUCAAAAAGAGAGAGCACCAACCUGAGGAGUGGAGAGGGACCGGGAAGGGGAGAAGGGAGGCCAGGAAAAGAUGGAUAAAAGAGACACUUCUGAUCUCAUCUUGGACCCUAGAAGGGUCCAUAGGUGGGGACCCAAGGCCCAGCCAGCCCACCCGAUGGCCUGGGCAAGAAACAAUCUCUCUGUGCUUCAUUUGAGGGCACGGUGAGAGUUACCCUAGGCUUCCCAGGGCCUACACGAGUUUCAUGUGAGUGGACAGGUAUGAGCUAAUAAAGUGCUUUGCAAAGUAUAAAACACUAUACAAACCUAUGAAUCACUAAUAUCUCUGCAGUUGUUCCCCACCCACCCCAGGGAGCCCGCCCUUGGUCAAAAUGAGAAAAGACAGAAGGAUGAUGCCCGGGAACAUAGUGGACCCACAUAGGUGCCUCUGGGACAAGAGAGAUUUUGCUCAAGACAGCUCCCAGGGCAAUAGUAGUCCCUGUCUGCUACAGGUUAAGCCAACCCAAAGCCCAGAGGCCACAGGGUAGGGGCGAGGCCCAUGCAGGCCCAGAGGGCCAGAGUGGCAUCGGAGACUCUGCCAGCACCCUGAAGAUGUACCACCUUUUGGCUUUGGCAGAGAGCCAGUGGGCAUCACUGAACCCAUUAGUCUUGCCUAGGGCUCUUCAGUGACAAACAGGGCUGCCUCCACUGGGUUGGAGUGAGGCAAGCUGAGCCCUAGGAAUUCCAGAGACUGUGAAGGAUGGGCCCCUAGGAUUGGGACUGCAAUGCAGGCAGAUGGGCCCAGUGAGCAGGGUUAGCAAGGGCCAAGCUUGUAUAAACACUGCUUCCAAGCUGAGAGAUUGAGUUGGCCUCAGGGUAACUGGGGGUGUGGGCUCUGAACACUUGAGAAGGCUGCCCUGGGCCCAUUACCCCCAAAGCCAUGAGAAUGUUGGCCUGGAGCCAUUUCUGCCUCACCUAGCUAGUCAGGCUGAGCCCCAGGCCAUAAGCAACAGGGCUGGGGACUGGGAGAAUGGGGAGAGGGACAGAGAAGUGGAGGAUAGUCAGAACUCAGAUCAGCCUCCAGAGAUGGGAUCAGCUCCUGCCCCAGACCUUUAGCCUCAUGAGCAGGUCCAGCUCCUGGGGUGUCUAGGCGCUAGAGUGGCCUUAGCAGCACCUUGUUCCUUGUCUCCUGGGGAAGGGCCGGCCACGCUGGCCUCAUCACCAAGAUAGUCACCUCUAAUUCACCUAACGCCUCAAACAGCCUUUGCAGAAUGGGACUUUUAAAACAGUAGUAACAGGACAUUUAAAUAUUCACGACGUGACAGCUGGGUCCUUGUCAGACCUUGCUGGGCCACAACACUGCCUGCAACAUGUGACCCUAAAUCCUAGAUCUCAAAGGAGACCCUGAUGUGGAGCAGGUUUCCUGAGGGAUCUGCUGUAUGCCAGCAGUGGAAACCCGGGCUUGUUGCCCGCCAUGUUGGCAGCAGGGGUCUUGUAGCCUUAGAGGACAGUGGGGUGGGGGCAGGGGGACAUCUGACCAGCAGGUGUUGGCAAAGGGGGACCAGGAUUGGUGGCAUCUCCCAGAGGGGGCUGAGAGUGCUAGUGCUGGCUUCCACAGAAGGUGGUGGGUCCAGCCAGGAACAGAGCUGUGGUGCCUCAUUGAUAACCACAGGAUGCAGUGACCACAGGGCCUCCUCCUGGCAUGGUCCCUGCCUCCUGAUGGGGCCUGGCCUAUUCCCUUGCAUAGGGAGCAGUUCACCCAGGACAGAAGGCUGGCAACUGGCUGCCAGACACCCACCCUGGGGCACAGCCACCAUCACUCCCUGCCUCAUGCUCAGCCUAGGCCAAUGUACCUACCACUUCAGCUGCACGACCCCUGGCCUAGGGCCCUUCUGGCCCCGGUGGGCAGUGGCCAGAGCUGCCCCUGAGACCCUGAUGAGGAAGGGCCUGGCUGGCCAGACCGAGUGGACAGAGAGGGCUCUGGGCUGCUCACACCCACUCCUGGACUGGCCGCUUAUAGUAGGUGACAGGCUGAGGGCCUGCCUUGUUCUUGAACUGGAAGAUGGUGUAGACCAGCACCAGGAUGCAGAGGGACAAGAUGCAGGGGAUGACCACAGCCACGGCAUUCACAGAGCCUGGUACGUCAUUGAUGGUCACCAUGAUGUCCACAUCGUCCUGGGGCAGCCGCCGCUCCUUCCGCCGUUCCACCUCCUUCUGGUUGCAGCCCAUCCAGUCACGUAGGAUGUUGCGUGGAUAACCUGGCUCCACACUCAGUUUCUGGUUGUCAAACUUCCAGUAGUCCCGGCCCUUGUAGAAGUAGGUGUAAUCUGCAGAAACAUGGUCCAGCAUCACUACUCCCAGGUACUGCCCUGCACCUGCUCUGGGCCAGAGUGAGAGGGCAUAGGGUGCUGUGGCAGUGUGGAAGAAGGACGCCUCUCCCACCCUGGCGUCCCAGAGGAGCUUUGAAGGAGGGGUGGGCAUAUGAAGUGGUGGGAGCAGUGUGUUGGGUCGCUUGCAGGUGGGGGGAGGGCAGUGUGUAGCACACUCUGCCAACAGUGUGACAGGGUCUCGGAGUGUGACCUGCACGGUUGCAAAGAGGUGCGCCCGGGACCUGGAGCAGCCUGGCCUGUCGUCUCACAGGUGCCAGGAAGACACUGAGGGGCUUUAAGUAGAAUUGAUAAGUUCAAUUUGUGCCUCCCUACCUUAUAACCCUCCCCUCCACCCCGCCCAUGUUGGUGAGAUCAAGUUCCCAACUAUGGCUUGGACAGCACUGCCUUCAUAGCUCUAGAGCCUCAGUCUAGCUUCUGCUUGAGGCAAGGGAGGCAGGGAGCCAGGUUUCUCCUUUGGUUGACAGCGGACACCACCUUGUCACAGUUGUGGCUUUUCUUUGGCUUGCAUCACAAUACAGAUGCAGGGUCUCUGGGACACUGCUGGAGAAGAGGCUAGAAAGAAAGGAGGUGGAGACUGGGGCACCUGGGUGGCUCAGUCAGUGAAACAUCUGACUCUUGGUUUCGGCUCAGGUCAUCAUCUCACAAUUCAUGAGUUUGAGCCCCUCAUCGGGCUCUGUGCUGAUAGCCUGGAGCUUGCUUGGGAUUCUCUCUCUCUCCCUCUCUCUUUGCCCCUCCCCUACUCACACUGUCUCUAUAUCUCUCAAAAUAAAUAAACUUGAAGAAGAAAGAGGAAGAGGAGGAGGAGGAGGGGGAGGAGAAGGAGAAGGAGAGGGAGAAGGAGGAGAAGAAGAAGAAGGAAAAGAAGGAGGAGGAGGAGGAGGGGGGAGGAGGAGGAGGAGAAGGAGAAAGGAGGUGGAGGGGCUGGGCAGCCACACCAGGCUCCCAGCAACAGCCUUCAUGGCCCAGACAGUGUACAGACAGCAAAGCAACUCAGACUCUCCUAUUGGUUGGCUCACCACUCUGGGACUUUCAUUGGCCAAAGUCCUUGAUGUCACUUGUCUCUGAGGCUCCCAGAAAGCAAGACCAUGUGUGUUAAGCAUCAGGUACACAGGAGAGCCAUCAGUAGCAGCUCUUCCCCCCGAGACUUUUGGCUUUCUUACCAGUGACAUCUCCUUAGAGAGCCCUUCCUGACAAACUCUCUCUAACGGGCCCUCCCCAGCACCCCCCACCCCCCACCCCCCCACCAUAGCUCUUCGGCUGCAUUUCUUUCCCUUAGAGCAUUUGCUGCCACCUUAGUUGUUUUCUGCCUCUAGAAUGGGAGCCAGGGAUGCAAUGCAAGUCUUAUUCUCUGCUCCUUCCCCAGCUCUCCCACAAAACUUGGCUCUCAGUAAUCAUUGUGGAGGGAAUGGAUGACACCUGUCAUUCUACAAAAACUAAAACACACCAACAAGAUGAUGAUGAUGAUGAUGAUAGCAGCUAAGUCUCACAUGGCAUGGAUCAUGUGCUAGGCAUUGGUCUAAGUGCUCUACUUAAUUUACCUUAUUCUUACAAAUCCCAAUGAGAUUUGAUAACUCGAGGAAGCCCUAGAGUACAUCUGAGGUCCACUAUUUGAGAAAUGCUGUCUGAAAGAGUGAAGUCAGUCUAUGAAAACAUCUCUUAAAUGUGAGUCAUCUCUGCAGAUGAGAGCCUGGCUUGGUAGCUGGGCUGGGCUUCCUUCUCAUCAGAGCUUAGUGAACUCAGACAUCACUGUUGGACUCCUUGAAAAGAGAUGAGGACAGAAGGUGCCUGGAAGCAGCCCCUGAAACCAGCUGGAAGGUAUGGUGGGCUGCCCUUCACACAGACUCCAAUGACGUGGAGAAUCAGGAUCACCCUUACACCCUUAUAAUGCAGUGGUUCUCUAGGAGAGCCUUUUAAACACAUAGGUGGAGGAGCUUCUGAUUCAGGAGUUUUGGGUUAGGACUUAGGCAACAUUUUUUGUUUUUUAAAUUAAGUUCCCUCAAGUGAAUUUUAUAGUGAUUGGCUCAGGCUGACACACCUGAGCCAAGCACUCACCCUCAGCAUCACUAACAGUGGGACAGCCUAUAUCAUACGUGCUUUCUAAUGUGAUGUGGAAGGGAGGACCCAACCACUCCAGAAGCUCUUGCCAAAAUGUGAAUUUAGUCAGGUCUAUAGGACUAAUUACCAAUAUUCAGGAUAUAUGAGGAAGGGAGAUGUGUUAAAAGUGAAUCUGAAUUUCAUCAAGCCAAAUGAGUGUACUGUGGACAAGUGACAGUUUUUUCAACAAAUAUUGGUGGGGUUGGGGGUGGGGAAGCGAGCUGACUAUUGUAAGUGAAAACAGCGUAAGAAACAUGUCACCCAUGCAGGAUGUGUGGAUAUUGUCUGGAUCCUGAUGCAAGCAAACAGCUGGAAGGGACAUUUUUGAGGCGAUUUUGGGAAAUGAAUACAAACAGGAAUUGGAUUUUAAGAAAUUAUUGUUAAUUUUGUUGGGUUUGAUAAUGGUUUUGUGGUUGUGUUAAAAAUAAUCUAUUUGGGGUGCCUGGGUGACUCAGUUGGCUGAGUGUCUAACUCUUGAUUUUGGCUUAGGUCAUGAUCCCAGGGUUGUGGGAUCAAUCCCUGUGUCAGGCUCCUCGCUGAACAUGGAGCCUGCUUAAGAUUCUCUCUCUCUCUCUCUCUCUCUCUCUCUCUCUCUCUCUCUCUUUCUGCCCCUCUCCCCUGCUUGUGCUCUCUGUCUCUCUAAAAUAUAUAAAAAGAAUUU